CCAAUAUGUUAUCACUUCAUGUAAGUCUUUUGGUUUGCUUUAAAUAGUAUGUUUAGUUGUAUACAAUUUUAUGUGAGAAGCCACAGUAGAGAAGGCACUGGAACUUAUUAGAGGUGACGUGGGAGGAUGGAAAUGGAAUAUUGUAGAUGAUAAGGUUAUGCCGCCGCCAUGCACAACAAUAAGAUGUUGCUCCCCAGUCACCAUGUAAGUAUUACCCAAAAAAGGAUUAAACAUCACCACAACUACCAAUAGGGACCUUGUACUCUCCACAUUGCUUCCUUCCCAGGCAAGGUUACUUCCGUAAUUACGAAAACACCAUAAAAGAAACAGAUCUCGUCCCGCGUUGGUUUGAUUGAUCAGUGUCGGUGUCCUAAUCACAAUUUCCUUAUUUAGACAAAAUCUGUUACUUCCCUCUCUUGAAUCGUCGUCAUUCUCGAAUCUCUAGAUCUAGCCAAAACUUUUGCCAUCUCUAAAAUGUAUCUCCAUUGACAUUUUGAGAUCUAUCUAGCUCUGUUUUUCUUUUUAGAACAAAAUGGUGGCGAAACCAAGGUCAAGAUGUUGUUGUUGUAGUGUGUUCAUCGGCGUUAUCAUCUUAAUCGCUAUAAUCAUCGCUGUCAUUUUCACAAUCAGACAUAGAUCAAACCACUCCGAUGAUGAUGGCUCCAAUGUUAAAAACUACGCUAAUGCUCUCAAGAUCGCUAUGCAAUUCUUCGAUAUCCAGAAAUCUGGUAAGCUUGAAAACAACGAGAUAUCAUGGAGAGGAGAUUCAGGUCUUAAAGAUGGAAGCGAAGCAAGUAUCGAUCUUUCGAAAGGUUUGUACGAUGCUGGAGAUCACAUGAAGUUUGGUUUCCCAAUGGCUUUCACUGCUACAGUUCUCUCAUGGUCCAUUCUUGAAUACGGUGAUCAAAUGGCUUCUCUGAACUUACUGGAUCAUGCUAAAGACUCUCUCAAAUGGACUACUGAUUUUCUCAUCAAUGCUCAUCCUUCUCCAAAUGUCCUCUAUAUUCAGGUGGGAGAUCCAGUGACGGAUCAUAAAUGUUGGGAUAGACCAGAAACAAUGACUAGAAAGAGAACUCUUACUAAGAUUGAUACAAAGACUCCAGGGACUGAGGUUGCUGCAGAGACAGCAGCAGCUAUGGCUGCAGCAUCUUUAGUCUUUAAAGAAAGUGAUACCAAGUAUUCAAGCACGCUUUUGAAACAUGCGAAGCAGUUGUUCGAUUUUGCGGAUAAUAACAGAGGAUCUUACAGUGUUAAUAUACCUGAGGUUCAGUCUUAUUAUAACUCAACUGGUUAUGGAGAUGAGCUUCUUUGGGCAGCUUCAUGGUUGUACCAUGCAACAGAGGAUCAAACAUAUCUUGACUUUGUGUCGGAAAAUGGUGAAGAGUUUGGUAAUUUUGGAAGUCCAUCAUGGUUUAGUUGGGACAACAAGCUUCCAGGAACACAUAUACUAUUAUCAAGAUUAACCUUUUUCAAAAAAGGGUUAUCAGGAAGCAAAGGACUUCAAGGUUUUAAAGAAACAGCAGAAGCUGUCAUGUGUGGGCUUAUACCAAGCUCACCAACUGCUACAUCUAGUAGAACCGAUGGUGGUCUAAUAUGGGUAAGUGAAUGGAAUGCCCUGCAACACCCUGUGUCCUCUGCAUUUCUAGCUACACUCUACAGUGACUAUAUGCUCACCUCUGGUGUUAAGGAACUAUCUUGCAGUGACCAAUCCUUUAAACCUUCAGAUCUCAGAAAAUUCGCUAGAUCUCAGGCUGAUUACAUGUUAGGGAAAAAUCCGGAGAAAAUGAGCUAUUUGGUGGGAUAUGGUGAGAAAUAUCCAGAAUUUGUGCAUCAUAGAGGAGCUUCAAUACCAGCUGAUGCAACCACAGGAUGCAAAGAUGGGUUUAAGUGGCUUAACUCGGAUGAACCAAAUCCGAAUGUAGCUUAUGGAGCACUUGUUGGUGGACCGUUUUUGAAUGACACGUUUAUAGACGCAAGGAACAAUUCUAUGCAAAAUGAGCCAAGCACUUAUAACAGUGCUCUUGUUGUUGGUCUUUUGUCGAGUUUGGUUACUACUUCUUCCUCGGUAGAAUCUUUUUAAAUGAGAUUUUUAUUAAUUAGAAUCACACACCUUAUUCGCUUGGUCAUUCUAUUAAUGUAUGAACCUGCUUUCAUGUAUAUGGUUUUGUAUUGCAUAUAGUAAUAUAUGUUAGAUGUGCUAGAAAGUUUCCACAUGUAUCAUACUAAAGAUUCA